CGCUCCUGUCGACCAACAGCAUGUGCAUGUAUAUGGACGCACGCAGCGCCCUCGUCGGCGCUGCCCUCGGUGCCGCGGCGUCUGUGUGCGUCCUGCGGCUGCUGCGCCCGAACUCUCCGCCUCGCGGUGCGCUGCGCCAGCAUGCGCCAGUCGACACGGCUGGCGUGCUCGCGACCGGCAAGGUGGCCGUCAUCAUUGGCUCCGGCUCCGGCAUCGGCCGAUGCGCAGCGCUGCGCUGCGUCGCGCUGGGCAUGAAGGUGAUGCUCGCCGACAUCGAUGUGCCGGACGCCACCUCAGUGCAGGCCGAAUGCGAGGCCGCCGGCGCGCCGAAGGGGUCGGUCGUGGUGCAAAGGUGCGACUGCCGCGUCGAGGCGGACGUGCGCGCGGCACGCGACGCCGCGUACGCCGCGUUUGGCGCCGUCCACCUGCUGAUGAACAACGCGGCGAUGCAGUCCAACAACCGGUGCGGCCCUUAUGAGCACCCCGACCGCUGGAAGGUGAUCCUGGACACGAACCUGCUGGGCGUCUACCACGGCGGCCUCGCCUUCGCGCCGAGCAUGGUGGAGCAGGCCGAGCCGUCUGUCAUCGUCAACACCGGGUCGAAGCAGGGCAUCACGAUGCCGCCGGGUGACACGGCGUACAACGUCUCCAAGGCGGGCGUCAAGGUGCUGACCGAGGCGCUCCAGCACCAGCUCCGCUCAACGGACGGCUGCCGGGUGAACGCCUUCCUGCUCGUGCCGGGCUGCGUCAACACCAUGAUCCGCACGCGCGGCGACAAGUGGGUCGAGGGCGCCGCCUUUAAGCCCGACCGCGCCAAGGACGAGCGCGAGUACAAUGGCGUCGUCGAUCGCGCGUACGCGGCGGAAAAGUGGAGGGAGCGCGGCGCGUGGCAGCCCGACCAGGUGAUUGACGAGCUCUUUGGCGCCAUCGCCGCCGGCACGCCCUUCUACGUCAUCUGCGCCGACGGCGAGACGACGCGCGCGAUGGACGACGGGCGGAUGCAGUGGGCGAUGGACGACCUCGUCUUCCGCCGCGCGCCGCUCUCGCGCUGGUCGGAGGAGUACAAGGCCGAGUACGCGAGGGUGGCGCGGGGGUUCUGAUAUACGUGUACCUGGUAUCUUUUGCCGUUAUUUCCCUCAUAGGCGCUGCUUGAACGAGCACACUGC